AUAUACCAAUUCGUAGGCAGCAUAUGCAAGACACACAACGGGACGGAGAUGGUAUGCACGCGGCCCACGCUCGAGAAAUACGUGGAGCUCUAUCUCAAACGCAGUGCUACACCUACUUAUCCGAAAGAUGCCAUGGCCAUUAUGUUCAUGCUGGAUAUAUCUCCUGGUAUGCGCGUAUUGGAGGCCGGUAGUGGCAGUGGGGCACUGAGCCUAUACCUCGCAAGGUGUGUGGGUGAGCGAGGGAGUGUCGUCAGUGUGGAGAAGAGGGAAGACCACAGUUUGGCUGCGAGAGCUAAUUAUAGCUUGUGGGCGAAGGCACACUCGUUUCCAGAUAGGAUUGUAGACUGGCAUGUGGGCGAUAUGAGCGCGGAUACCGAAGAAGCAUUACGGCCAUCAGAGAUCAUCAGAGCCAAAAAACUGUCCAAGGAAUUGAGUGACGAGAGUUUCGAUGGUGUGGCAUUGGACAUGGCUGAACCAGGGCCCAGUCUCGCGACAGUCGCACGCGUACUGAAACCAGGACGUUUUGUGGUGUGCUACCUCCCUAAUAUAACUCAGGUACUUCAAACAUUGAGUAUGGUGAAGAUACAAAACUUGAAUUUGCAAGUGGUACGCACAGUAGAGUGUCAGAUGCGGAAUUGGACCUUCGAACCUAAUCCUCGGAUAGUAACCAAAGCUAUGCGUCUUAAGGAGGAUUUGCCAGAACAGAUUAUCACUGUAGCCCGCCCAUCGCAUGCGCAAGAUACACACACAGCCUUUUUGGUGCAAUUCACCAAGACAGCGUAGGCCUGACACGAGCAGUCCGCUAUCUCGAUGGCUCGUUCGACGCUAUCGUGCACGGGCAAACAUGACCGUUCUCAUGAUAUGAUAUAAAUACCAUGUGUCUGAAGGGGCCAGCCUAUAUGAUGAUUAUGCACCAGUAACGCAUCAAGCAGAUCAAAACGGCAUAGUUAACAGCACUGCUGUGAGUAUUUAUUAAUUUUGGGACGGGGCACAACAAUCAGAGUGCUUCCUGAGCCCUACCGCGUUCUGGCCCGAACGUGAGCGUGUAGGGAAGUCCGACAUGUCGAAUCGAAGCACUAAACUACAACUUAGAAAUUUGUGACCUGUCCUGACUUAUCUUCUCGAUUUCGGCCCGUAUAUAGCAAUUGAGCUAGCUUGAGCUUGAGGCACAUAUGAUUCAAGCCUUAUCGUGCUGGUAGUUGUCGCGCUCCUCACCCGAGUUAUAUAGCACAUUUGGAGCUCGAUUCGAUUUGCAUCUCCGUGCCACCAUAGGAAUCGUUUCAUCGAUUAAAAUCGUCCACUGGUUAACCGUUCGCACUUUGCACGUGAGACUUACUUUUAGAUUAGAACGAGCAUCCGCUACCUUCGAACCUUGCUUGCUUCUCUACGGAUCCACCAGCAGAGCGCUCACCUGUGACCACGUCUUUGGUGUACGAGGUAACCCAGCAAUCUGUAUCCGCACACUCCUCAACAUCUUCACAGUCCAGCUCAACGACGAAUCUAUUGUCCCACUCCACAUCCGCUACAACGCUAGGGUCAACUGUCGUAGCCAGUACAACAUCUUCCCAUUCUGGCUCAUAGAAGCGAUCCUCAUAUAUACUGUCGGAAUCAUCCGGAUCAACGAAUUCGUCGAACGGUCUGUUUUUAUAGAUGUUGAUAACCGUCUCAAGAUGGUUAUCAACUGGUGAAAACACUGGGUUCACAUAAAGCUUGAACUUCGUAUCGUCGUCGUUGACCUCCUCCACGAAGAUUGGAUCGAACAUGAUAGGGGGAGGGUCGUCAUAAGUAAACUCUUGCACGGCACCUGUGAUGAAAUCGAAUUGGCCCAUGACAUUGGUAUGUGGUGACAGGUUAUAGUUCAUUUUGACGGGAUCAAACUCGGCGGUCGUACUCUCUACGGAAUCCCAUGCACGAAUUCCUAGAACAUCUCUGUCAACUUUUCCCGACUGGAAAAAUGGCUCCAAUACGUUGGCAUGUUUUGUGAUCAAACCCUCAAUCGUAUCUCGCGCAAAAUAGCCUUCCUGUAGUUCACGAACUUUCUCCUUAUACAGAGGGUAGAACUCAUCCCUCAAUUCGUCAUGGAACAAGAUCCCUCUAAAUAGGUAGUGAUCUUGAUAACGUUGUGGUGACGAUGCCUGAGGACCCAUAUCCAUAAUCGGCUGCCAACUCGCAUCGUAGUCCCAGGGUGUCAUGUACCACUUAUCUGUUCCUGUUGUACUGUAUAUGUAGCUAUUCUUGGCACUGUGAUCUAUAUCGCCACAGAGAACGUUCACGGCCACAAACGUGGCGAGAUUGUCCAUAUCAAAAUGCUUGUGGACAGCGUCGACGAAACUCAUGUUGCCUCUAUCGUUUAAGUUUUUCAUAACCUCUUGUAGCUUCAACGUACUCAAACUAUCUUUAGCUUCUAAUCUGUACUCAAAUUCGAACAUCGCCUGCUCGUCAGUUUCAUCGAUUACUGCGGGCAUAUUGUCGUACUGGUCCUUCCAAUUGAAGUCGAAUUCAUUCAGUUUAUAUACGUGUGACUCUAGGCGAUCUCCGCCAAGUGUGCGAGCUGCCUGGCCAUGACGAUCUAAAGCAUCCUCAUCUAUGUUUUCAAACAGAUUGUACCUUCCCAUGUUCAGCACUUCGAUUAUUUCUUCAGAAUCUGGGUCCACCACUGUAACGGUCAAAUUAGCGACUGUGGUUCUCAUGCCGUUCCAAUGCUUCAUCUGAGCGAAUUGUUCAUAUAGGGCAGUGGUGAUAGCUCCUCCUGUUAACUCCCAAGGCAUCUUAACCAUAUUGAGCCGUUUCAACCCCCUCCAUGUCCGUGGUACAAUUGUCUUACCAAUUUUGAUAUUAUAACUCUUGAUGCUCGACUCUCUUGAGAACCCUCCCCUUACUGCAACAUCGCAAUUCACGUCCGUGCGCGGUUGUCGAUCACUACUAUUCGCCGCAUUAACAUUAUCGUACCAAAAUUCUGGUUCGUCGUCUACAUCUAUA